AUGCGGGCCUUCUAUUUCAACCAAACUCAUUCUGUCUGCUGCCUCCAUGCUGGCCCGAGUGUUCUCGAUAUGGACACGGAGCAACUGUUUGAGAAGUACACCAUCGAGGAGAUUCGGAAAGUUGAACGUAGCACAAGAGCUGAGAUUGAGAAGAAGAAGGAAGAUCUGAGACAGAUGGUCGGUGAGAGAUACAGAGACCUUAUCGAUGCAGCAGAUACUAUCUCCGAUAUGAAAGCUUGCACAGAGAAGAUUGUAACAGCUGUCCAGGGUAUGCAAGGAUAUUGCAGCAAGCUUCAGAAAACCCACAUGACCAAAGGAGUGUUGGCUUCGCCGAGAAUCAAUAAGGAUGAAAGAUCGCCCAAAAAUGAGUUCUAUGCGAUUGCCUCUCAAACAAAACUUCUAAUGGACAUGCCAGAAAAGAUUUGGAGCGCUGUUGAAAACAGUGAGCAUCUGAAAGCAGCUGAACUGUACCUCCUGUCCUGCCACAUUGUGAGCAGUCUACAGCUAGAUGGUAACACCCAGCAGUCUGCUAAACUUCUUGCAUGGUUUCCCGUGUUAUCACGUCAGUGGGCUGCCAUCAGCCACUUCAAGGCUGGUAUUCUACAGAGUUGCCGGAAAUUGCUGAAAAACGGUAGUGUUUCUGAUCAGGCAACAGCUGAAGCACUUUGUUCCAUCAUGCUGCUGGAGGAAACCUCACCCCGUCAGGUGUUCACUGAGUUCCUGCUGGCAAGAAAGGCGGCUGUUCAGCACUGCUUCCAUUCAAGUCUACACGGCAUGGGUGUGAAAGGUCAAAUCUGCAGUGUUAUUGAAUUGAUAUGUGUGACAGUGAAGCAGAUGUACGCAGUGUUCUACCACCAGCAAGACAAGCCAGAAGACGACCACUGCAACCUGUUACUGAGGACUCUGGAGGAGGUGACUAGUGAUCAGCAUUCUAAUAAGAAGGGCAUCUUGCAAAGUGAGAUGGCGACAGCAUCAUUCACAAAACAUCUCCCGGUAUCAGUCAUUAAGUUCCGACCCUCGCCCAGCACUCCCAGUACAUUGAUAGCUGCAUCCUACCUUCAGCAGAAUGUAGAGCAAUGGAUUGAGACAUGUAUACAAGAUGUACACAACGGUGUGAGCAAACUGCUCAAUCAUGUAACAUCAAUGAAGGCUCUGGCUGCCAUACGAGACGCUGUGUGUGAUCUUCUGACUGAGGAUAAUGUAGACGUUAGUUGGUCGGUCAUCUGUCAGUGUGUGGUCAACAGACACCUAUCAUUGUGGGGUGAAUUCAUCAGACCAUUGUUUCUCACUAGAGUGCAGGCCAUCAUCCAGGAUGCCUUAGACAAGACGUCCACGACCACUCAGAAGCAUACCCAGCAAGCCCUGAAUGAUCUAGACACUGCGUCAGCGGAUAGGGAUGUAGCUGCCUACAUAUGGUCUGAGGCACCCAGUGAUACCCCUAGCCCAGCUGCCUGGAAGGCUAGAGGGGUACACACUAAAGAGGUUGUUGAGCCAGGAGGGUUGUACUUGAAGGCGAGGGCGUUCACUCCAAGAACGCAGGGUAUCUGCUCUGCGUUGGACAGACAACUAAAGUCACUCCUAGAUGAUAUGACCUACUACACUGAACUCCAAGACCAGGGGAAACCAUUGAACGCCGACAAGGCGGGGAAAGCGACCAAGCCGUUUGAUAAACUAGCUGACUCUGGUACUCUACACAGCUUCCUGCAGAUUUCAUGUACAUCGUGCCUGCAGCGAAUGUUGAGUUUCUUCCAGAAGCAGUUAGAGGAGACUAAAACUCAGUUGGAUUCUUCAAUUCAUCUUGGUCAGUUAAAACAAAGCUCCAAUGUCGUGGACAGGGCAUUGCUGUUGGGUCGUCUGUGUUUGGCUAUCGCCGAGCUCUGCCCUAAUCUACAGAAGGCUGCUAAUAUAUCCGAGUCUGAAUCCAGGCCGGCUAAACCUGAACCUCAGAGCUGGCUCAGAAGCAAACUGAUGGGAAAACGAGCUACAAGCAAAACCACCGAUAGUCAUGAGGAGACAGAAUGGGAUAAGCUGAAAGGACUUCUGCUUCAGCGCAGUCAGGAUGCAUACAGAAUCUGGAGUGAUUUUACAUCAUCAAGAGUUGUGGCAGAUUUGAGCAAGUUCUUAAUGGAUUCUAGCAUUGAGGCAUCUCUGAAAGCAGCAACACACUGGGACAUCAUUGAGAUUCAAGAAGAGUCGGAAGCGGGUAAGAAAGUCACGUCUAAGAUCCGUCUUCCUGUCCAGGCAUCCUGGUAUGUGCAAACAGUGCUGUACUCACUCUGUGAAGAAAUCAAUCGAGUUGGUGGACAUGCCCUCUCAAGAAAGAUUCUGACCGGCUUGAUUGAUGAGACGAGUAGGAGCAUCUUUGGUCUCUAUAAGAGUUUUCUCGAUGAGAAUUACAGCAAGGGCUCUGGGCUGACACUAAUACAGACGCAGUCUCUACAACUCUUAUUUGAUAUCCGUUUCGUCGCCAACGUCAUGUCCGGAUGCGGAGACAAUGCUAAGAGGACUACCGAAGAUGUACAGAAGUUAGUUGAGCGUCUUGAGAAUGCAAUUGAUCCGUUUGACCUGGACGUCUUCUUGCCUCACCUACAGACCAAUCUCAGUCGACACUCCCAGAGGUGCACGAUGCUGUUGGGUGCACUAGCCAACCCAGAGAAGCACCUCUAUUCCUCACACCGUGCCGUGCCAUCAGGAUACCAGGAGCAGCAUAACAUACUCCCUCUGUCUAACAGCCAGGGUCGAUUCACUCUACUUCCACUCAGCACCAGCUCAUCACAAUCUCUACCCAGGUCAUUGCCCAGGCCGGUACCACAGUCAAUAGCGCCCUCUGUGGUUCACCAGGACCAGCCUUCAGCCCCGCCCAUUCUGCACAAGUCGCACACUGCCCCGUACUCCCUCUACUCCAAAUUCGGCUCACUCAAAACUGGAUGGUUGGCCAACAUUGGGGGCGCUAACUAGACAGCUAAAAUAGUCGGUUUGGCGGGAAGCGUGAGUCAACCAAUGGGGUCAAAGCGGGGUUAAGAAAUGAGAUCAUUUCAGGAGUACCUAGAUGGGAGGUGUAAGCUUCGUCAUCAGUCAACCAACAACUGUACCGGGAAGGCAAGACAAACAAGAGAUGGGCGUGAAAGGGGGCGGUGCGAACCGUUGACACUUAGUUCUUCAACUUCGUCAAGUGAAGGGUAUCCUAUGAGGACAUUGGAAUAUUUCAAGGGCACCAAGGCAAUGACCAGGGGGCAUAGAGGCAAUCGCCCUCAAUGCCUACGUGAAGUAUCAGGCCUGGUUAUUUUGGUUCAGGUUCUGGUGAAUUACUGCACAAUCUCCACAUUAUUGGGAUGUACACGUGCAGGUGACUGAGCAGCAAUGAUUUACAUAAAAUGGCCCCCGUGAUGAUGUUAGCUAUGUCCAUAGCUCAAUAGUUUACCCUUAAAAAAUACCAAUGGUUGUUGCUUGUAUUUACAAGUAUAGAAAUACUUGUAGUUUUAUGAGAAUAUUCAUUAUGUUCAUAACAAAAUGGGUUAUUAUUAUAUCAUGAUUAGUGCAAAUUAUGGCUAUAGGAUUUGAGGCAUGGCAUGGUGAGGUAUCAAUGUAUAUUUGGUUUGCAGUAACACCAUGUCUGUAUCUACUUGCCAGGUAGAGUUUGUUCUUAGAGAACUGUCUUGCUUUAUUCUUCUACCGCGGAGCAGAUGUUCGGGUUUGGGAGACUUCUCAGUUCUGAAAAGAACUGUCCUGCUUUUUCAACUACUACCCAG